AUGGGUUUCCAAAAGUACGCCGACCGAGACAUGUAUGUGUCUCCUCUGCCGAACUCGAAGGACUACGAGGUUGUGACGUACGGCGAGCAGCGCCGGCGGGUGAUCCGGCUUGCGACGUGGUACCGCUCCCUCGGGCUCGGGCAGGGCAGCAAGGUGGCCGUGGGUGGCACGAACAGCAGCCAGUUCCUCGUCGCAGCCUGGGCGGCGCACUACUGCGGUGCAAUCCCGGUCUUCAUCAACUCGACGCUGCACGUCGACGCCUCCCUGCACUGCCUCGGCAUCACGAAGCCGGACCUCGUCCUCGGCGACGCCGACUACAUCACCGAGCUCGUCCCGAUCAUGGACAAGCUGAAGGCGGCCGGCGUCGGCCCGAUCUACACCUGGGAGCCGACUGAGCAUCUCUCGGCCGACCUGCGGCGGAGCGUUAAGCCCCUUCCGGCUUAUACGCCGAGCAAGGCUGAGAUCGCUGCUGUUGAGCGGGGCGAUGGCCUCGAGGGCAUGAACGCCGACUCGGACGGGCACAUCUUCUUCACCUCUGGCACCUCGGGUAUGCCCAAGGCUGUCAUUUCGAACCAGCGCGCCGCCCUGCACAACUACGUCUCGGGCACGUUUGCGAGCUUGCGCGCUAUGCUUCGUGCGGGUGCGACGUACGAGCAGGCGACUACGCCGGCACCGACGCAGGCGAGCAUGCUCGUCCCCGCGCCGCUUUUCCAUGUUACGGGGUGCAUUUCCUGGACAACGCGACAAAUGACUACGGGAGCCAAGAUUGUCUUCAUGAAGCGCUGGAGUGUGCCGGAGGCGAUCAGGCUGAUCGAGGCGUACAACGUCAACGUCCUCGGCGGCGUGCCGGCCACGACCAAGGCGAUCCUCCAGUCUCCCCUCCUCCCGAAGGAGCGCAUGUUCACGGCCGUGUCCUCCGGCGGCGCCCCCAUUCAGGCUGGCAUGGCGGCGGCGCUCACGAAGCGCUUCCCCGGUCUCAGUGUCAGCAACGGCUGGGGUCUGACGGAGACAAACGGACUUCACAACGCGCUCACUGGCCGCGACUACCUCGAGAACCCGGAGAGCUGUGGCCCGCCAGUCCCCAUCUGCGACAUCAAGAUAAUCGACCCGGAAACCGGCCGCGAGUGUGGCCCAGAGGAGAUGGGCGUCAUCUGGGCCCGUGGAUCGAACGUCAUGAACUGCUACUACGGUAAUCCGGAGGCGACGGCCAAAGUCCUCACGCCGGACGGCUGGUUCAACACCGGCGACAUGGGCACCGUCAACAAGGAGGGCUGGCUCUCGAUCAGAGACCGCCAGAAGGACAUCAUCAUCCGCGGUGGCGAAAACAUCGCCUCCGCAGAGGUCGAAAAUGCCCUCGCUUCCCUCCCCGAGACGGCAGAGGUUGCUGCUGUCGCAGUUCCGGACCCGGUGCUCGGGGAGCUUGUCGGCUGUGCUGUCUCCCUUGCUCCGGGCAAGAACCUGACCGAGGCGCAGGUGCUCGAGCUUGUCGCGCCAAUGGUUCGCUACGCUGCCCGCCCGGUUAUCUGUGUCAUCUACGAGGGCGAUCUUGACCGCAACGCGAACGGAAAAAUUCAGAAGACGACGAUCAAGAAAACGGUCGCGGACGAGUGGGUCAGGCGGACGGGCGGAAGGGCCUGGGUCAGGAAUAAGGCCAAGUUGUGA